AUGCGGCAAAAGGCUUCAGUAAAGAACUUAGAUAAACUGCUUGAUUAUGAGGAUGUUGAAACUCUUGGAGAUGAUGAAGAUGAAGAUGAUGUUGGGGCAAUUCUUGGAGGAUCAAAGGGAAAUGGUUGGGCUGAUAAGAAACAACAUACUUUGAUUAAUUUCUUGGUGAAUUCUCCAAAGGGAAAUUUUUUCAUAGAAUUUGUUGAUGCUCCAGAGCACUUAAAGACUGGUGAUGAGAUAUAUGAGCUACUUAAUAGAUUUGUGAAGCAUGUUAGAGAGGCUAAUAUGGUUCAAGUUGUGACAGAUAAUGCUAGCAAUUGUGAGCUUAUAGGGAAGUUGUUGGAAAUAAAGCGCCCUCAUUUGUAUUGGACUCCUCGUGCUGCCCAUUGCAUAGAUUUGAUGCUAGAAGAUAUUGGAAAAAUUCCCAACAUUCAUAAUACAAUUAAAAUGGCAGUGACAUUGAAUGGAUAUAUUUACAUUCGUUCGGGUGUGGUGAACAUGUUGCGGCGCUUUACUAGUGAAAAAGAGCUAAUUAGGCCAGCUGUCACAUGA